AUGAUUAAUUAAGAAGAAUCAAACAAUCACAUAUCUGAACCAAAUGAAUAGAAUUCAAGAUAUAAAAUAGUUUUUAGUAGCGAAUAGGAAUCAAAUUAACCAUAAUGUAUUAUAAAAUUGAAAGAUCAAAAUAUCAAAUUCUUUAUCCCAGAAAGUGAAGAUGCAUAAGAAUUAAGUGCACUUCUUGAGAAUAAAGAAAAUGCUAAAACCCCAUAAUAACCAUUGUAUGUAGAAUAAUUUUUUAAAAAAUACAAUCAAUUUGAAGACAGAUUUAAUGCAUUUUUCACUUGUAGUCCUAGACAAUACAGAAUAAGUUUUGAUCUAAAUUAGCUUAUCAUAACAAUAGUAUAUUGGAGUGCAUACUUCAGUGUUCUCUCAGAAUCUAUAGCAAUCGAAAAUAAUUAAAUCAUAAAAAAUGAUAAAAUACGUUAAUAAAUAGCUCAUCAAUUGCCUGUAUAUGCUUUUUUUUAUACAAUAUCAUCAUAAAUUUGUUAAUAAAUUAAAAACUAUCUAAUUUGGAUCCUUCUAUUUAUAGGUUUAAUAAUAAUUCCAAUUUUUGUUCUACUAGGAUACCAUCUCAAUAUUUUUGGAAAUUAAGAUGGAUUCUCAUAAGACUAUAUAGGGAUAGGAUAUUGCAUAGUAAGUAUUGCGAUUUUUAUAAAUUCUCUAAUAAAUAGAGGACUUUUAGAAUAUAUUAGAAGAGUAUCAUCAGCUGUUAUUGCGACAAUAUUUAAUUGUGGUUUUUGUGUAUUAGUUUCAUAUUUUAUCCUCUUUAAAAUAAUUGCCUUUGUACUCCUUAUUUAAUCAACUAAAGUAGAAUACAUUAUUGAUAAUAUAUCUAAGAUAAUAGCUCCAUCUACAUUUUUAGUUAUAUUUUUAUUCUCUAUUUUUCUAAUCAAAGGACUAUUUUAUUUACCAAAGAAGACAAUAAAAUACGACUUAUAUUAGCUCUCAUUAUUAAAGUAUGCUGAUAAUGAUAUAAAAAAUGAGUAUUUAAAUUAUAAUAUGAAUAAAAGAGCAAAACAGAUAUUCAAAAAGCUAAAACUCUAAAAGUUUGUUCCAUGGAUGAUUACAAUUAGUUAUGUAAUUAUUGAGAUAUUUUGCUAUGCAAAUUUAAUAAUAGGAUUAUAAUCACAUGAUUUUGAGUAGAUUGUUACUUUUGGCUUUUUAAUUUUAGCUCUACCAAUUUUUAUAAUAUUUGGAAUAUGCAUAAGCAACUCAAGAUUCAAGAGAUAGAACUUGUAUCUCUACACUCCCUUACUAUUUGGUGCUGCGCUUAGUGUGAUAUGUAUUAAAGUAUGGAGUUCGACUAUUGAAAACGAGUAUAUCAAGUCAAUUUCAAGAUUAAUAGGCAUAUGCCCGUUAAUUAUAUCAUUAAUGUGGCUGACAGUUGGGUACUUUAGAUCUGAAAAGAGAAAUCAAAAGCUGUUUGUGAUGCUUUUUUCAUGUUUUUCCUUUGCCAUACCUUUUGGAAUUUUAUUAACAUUUUCUGAGUAUUUUGAUGAUAAGGGAUUAUAGAUAGGAGCAUUUGUGUUGGCUAGUGCUGGACUUAUUCCAAUAAUAUUCUUAAUCAUUUAUUAUAUUAUUAUAGUAAUAAUCUACUUAUUGAAAUUACCAAAAUAGGCAGAAAAUUUAUAGUUUGUCGCUUACGAGUAUGUAAACUUAAAUAGCUAUGCGGUUUGGUAUAAUUCGAUAUGCUAUAUAAUAUCUUUUUAUUUAAUUUGUUAUUUUGCUUGGAAUGAACCAAAAACAGCUACUGGAACAAAAAAGGGAACAAUAAUAGGGUUGCUAAGUAUACAUACAAUUUUAUUUAUUCUAACAAGUCAUGCUUUAUCUCUCGAAGUUAAAGAACAAACAUAAAAAGAUAUUGACUAGAAAGAAAAUCAAACUUAUACUCAAAAAUUAUUAAAUAGAAUGUAGGAUUUUACUACAGUGGGAAUCAUUCUUCCAUUAAUAGUAUUAUUGCCAAUAGCACUAACCAUUUAGAGUGAAGUAACUAAAAAUGCUUUAUUAGCAAAUACGGUUGGAGUACCUUUAUCAUUUUUGUAUUAUAAAUUUUAGAUUUCAUUAAAACAGGAAUCAGUCAUCUAUUAAUAAUUUAUUCAACCACUAGUAGUAAUUAUCGGAUGGACAUUUAUAAUAGGUCCAAUUGGAACCAUAUUUCCAAUUUUUGCAGACUAUUUUGAAAACUCUUCUACAGAAUUUGCCUUAUUUGCUUAAUUAGCUGUUGCUUAUUCUAUUUUAAUUAUUAUAAUAAGUGUUACAGUUUUGUCUAUUUUUUAUUCUGUUUUGUUAAACAAAGAACAAUUAGAAAUGAAGAAGAAAGAAGUUCUUAGAGCAGUUAUGAAGGAAUUUUCUGAAAAUGGGGUUUAUGCAACUGAAGAGAUUUCAUCUUUAUUAUUUGUUAGAUAUGUUCAGCAUAGAAAUUCGAGUAAGUUAGAGGCAGAUUUAAUCAAAGGGGAUCCAGUAAAUAUGUAUGAACAUCCAGAUCCUGCAGAAAAUAACAAUAUUAAAUACAUUCUUGUAACAAAAUAAGAUUUUGAAAACAAAAAGAAAUUAGAGUAGAUUUAAGAAAGAAAACGACUUAAAAUAAGGAAAUCCUUAAGUGACAAUGAAGUAGAAAUGGCAUCAUUAACUUCUGCCGAUACAAUUAAAUAAAGAAAUUAAGAAGAAGAGCAAGGCUUUUUGUAUAAAGUUCAAGAUUGUUUGUUUUCUUGCCUAUUGUGCAAAUUUGGAUUUUAUGAUUUAGAGGAUAUGGAAUUAAAUGAACAUAAUAAAUAGAAAGACUUAUAAGAAUUAGAAAAAUAAAAAUAAAGUUUUGAGUAAAGAAUAGAAAUAAAAAAAAGAAUAAGAUAAAGACACUCAACUAUUUUAUCAAAAGAUACUAAAUAUCUUGAUUAAUUUUAACCCAUGAUGUCAGAUUCCAGGAGAGCCGAAAGAUUUUGGAUAACUGUCUAUCAUUAUUUUAUUAAUAAAGGUGAUUUGUCAAAUAUAUUGGAGGUCUUAAAAUUAGAAAAGGAUUAUGAAAUAUUAAAGUAAUAUUAAAGUUUUGAAGAAAGAAAUGAAGGGUUUAUUCUAUCUGAAGAAGACUUUGCCUUAUUAAUAUACGAUAAUUUUAAGUAUGAAGAUCGUUCUUAUUAAGAGACUGUUUAAGAAUUAGCUAUUGCAAGUUAUUAUCAUUUUGUUAAUGAUUAUCCUAAUUUUUAUGAAUAAAUAACAAAAUUUAAGGGUGUUUCAAGUGUCAUUUAAGAACAUAAUUUUAUAAAAAUUGAGAAAUUCAAAGAUGAAAGAAGAUGUUUAAAUAAAAUAUAGGUUCCAGCACGAAUAGAAACAGAUAAAUUAAAUGAUUUGUAGUCUGCUGAAUAAAAGGAUCUUAAUGAUAAAUAUUAGUAGAAAAUACUAGAAAUUGAAAACAAUUACAAAAAGAAAAUUCCACACAAAUGGGAAAAGAAGAUUUGGGAAAUUUGCAAAGAGAUACACAUUGCUAUUUGGAUAACACCCAAAAAAUAUACCCAAAAAUUUAUGAACUAAUUGGCAGAUCUUUACAGCAAAAUUGCUCCAAUAGAACCUAAAGCUAUUCCAAUAAAUGAAGAUUGGACCAAAGUGGCUUAAUAAGUGUGCAGAGUUUUGGUAGAAGAAUUUAAUAAAUUUGAUAGGAAAGCAAAUGAGCAGGAAUUCCACUUUAAACUUACAAUAACAAAUCUAUUAGCUGUAUUCCUAAGAGUUUAUGAUCUAUAUGGAUUAAUUACGCUAUCAUUUGACUCUCAAGUAGGUUGGUUUGGAGAGAAGUCUGAAUUCAAGCCUAUCAAGUCUGUAGAUUAUUCAGCUAUUUGGAGUGAAUAUAAUUUUUUCUUCUUUAUGGCUUUGACAAUGAGUAUAGCUUAUAUAGUUUUAGGAUUAUAAGCUAGUAAAUAAAUAGCUGAUAAUUCAUUUGGUUUUGAUGAAGAUGGAUCAAUAGCAGGAAUUAAAAGCUUCAGAUUCUGGGUGAGUAAAACCAUAUAAAUUAUUAGUGGAUAAUUUAUAUUUGUCAUGAAGACAUACAUCGAUGCUUUCAUUUGCGAUUACAGUGAAUAUCCAUAUACUUUAGUAAGACAACCCUCGGUAGAAUGUAUGAGCGACAUACAUUUUUUAUAUAUCUCUUUUGCUAUAAUAGGAUGUGGAAUUUACUAUCCACUUUCAACAUAUUUAUAACCUACAUUUCAAUUCAUGGAUCGUUCAUUAGAUUUAAAAUACAAAUCGAAUUUUGUAGUCUUAUAUAUAUAAGCUAAGCUAUUGAUACUGGGGUCAAGUUCAGUAUUUUCGAAUUUGUAAGAAUCAGCAUAUUAGUAUUAAAUGCUUUUCUCUUUUGCAGUGAUGGCUGGAUUAAUUUAUUUCCAUUUUAGACUCAAUCCCUCAUAUAUAAAAUGGUUUAAUAUCGUAGAAAGAUCCUUAUUGCUAAUUUUAUGUUAUUUCUAUUUUGGAGCAUUCGUUAUUCUAACUAGUAAAAGUGUCUUAGUUGGGUGGAUAAUAACUUUAAUCUUUACUCUUGGGACAUUAAUAUAUCUAACCUACUAUUUGAUCUAAGAAUUCUACUAAAAUAAGGUUAAUUAAUAAAAUUAAAUCAGACCGAUCCAAUCAUAGGAAUAAAGUUGA